UUGAUGAAUUGUCCAUUGCUGAUGAGUUGAGGUAACUUCCCGAACAUCCCUUUGCUUUACCCCCGUUUCGUGCUUUCCUCUCUUCCCUCCGGCGCGCGCAAGCACUUUGUCCACUACUUCACGGAAAUUCCCCACGACUUCUAUACCUACACGGCGCGGCGCUCGCCCUCCGGUGCAAUCUUCCUAGCAAUUCCCAUUCCUCCGCCUCCCAGCGCCCCCGCGAAGCUUCGUCUCGCAAGGUGAAGCUUUUAGCAACAGCAGGCUUGAGAUAAUGUCGAUGGUUUACGAUGGGUAUCAAAGUGACGAUCGGCAAAGUGAGGAGGUUCAAUCAGCGUACAAAAAGGUCAGUGGCGGUGAUGGGGAGAUAAGAGGCUUUUUCAAUCUGGAUGAAGCUGAAGAGCAUAGUGAAGAAAAUGAGUGGAGUUGGGUACCCCAAGAGAACGAUUCUCUUGCUGAAUCGAUUUCUUCGCUUGACAAAACACAAGAAGUUCUUGAAAGAUUCUUCAAGAAAAAUGAAGCUUUUGAAAUGGAGACGCAGAGACUGUCAGAACUUGGCUUGGAAUUUGUGGCUGAUGACAAGAGAGAUGUAGAUGCUGUUGAUGUAUUAGGAAUGGAUCAAAAGAUGAAACAUCUUGAGCAGAAACUGAAAGAAGCGUCAGAUACUAUCACAGAGAAGGAUUCAAGACUGUCUGAGCUUCAAUUACUUAUUGAUGAUGCACUUGCACCGGAGCCGCAAACAUCGCCCGUCAACAUUGAUCAGUUGGAGACGGAGCUUGAGGGCCACCUUCAGGGGAAAAUAGAAGCUGAGAUCCAGUGUCUGGUCAUGAUGAAAGCGAGGCAAAGCUGGCAAGUCCGGGCGGAGGACCAGGUUGCUUUGUGUGAGCACAAGCUCUCUGCCGCGGAAGACACAAAAAUGCUGCUCAAGCUACAAGACACCGAGAAGAAGAUCCUGAUGCUGAAGGAGCAGGUGGACAGACUAGAGGCACACGAGAAGGAGCUCUCCGUGACGACGGAGGUGCUGAGGAUGCAGAGCAAGACCUUCAAAAUCGGCCUCUUUGGCCUCCUUCAGCUGAUAAUGCUGUGCGUCUCCUUGAAGAUGUUCUUCGCGCAGGACUCGGCCCGCUUUGGUGAUGUCGUACCAACAUGAUGGAUGGAUGAUGUAGUCAGUGUCAAGCCUGUAAAUUAAGGUUGAUUGGUUUGUGUUGUUUUAGGUCUAAUUUCUAGUUAACAGCUGAUGCAGGUUUGUGAUGUGUGUACGUCUGAAACUACUGUAAAUUAUGUAUGUGCAUAUAUAUAGAUUUGAGUUUGUCUGACUAAA